AUGUCGCGACACGGGGAGGAUGCGGAUGCGGGGGGAAGGUUGGGCUCGGUGGGCUUGGUCUGCAGCUCCCUCGGGAGGGGCAGAGGAGGGACAGGACAGACAGUUUGCCGCCGUGGGACGCAGAAACCCUGCUACAAAAUCGUGUAUUUCCACGAUGCCUCCCGCAGAACCAGCUACGAGGAGGCUCAGCUGGCCUGCCAGGCUGACGGGGGACACCUGGUGAGCAUCGAGAGUGCGGCAGAGCAGAGACUCAUCGAAACCUUCGUCAGGAGCCUCCUGGCUUCCGACGGGGAUUUCUGGAUAGGGCUCCGGAGGAAAAAGGAGGAGGAGGAGGAGGAGAACAAUAGUACAGAGUGCCAGAACUUCUACUCCUGGUCGGAUGGCAGCUCAGCCAAGUUCAGGAACUGGUACGUGGAUGAGCCAUCCUGUGGGAGUGAGAUCUGCGUUGUGAUGUACCACCAGCCAUCUGCCCCGCCAGGUGUCGGGGGGCCUUACAUGUUUCAGUGGAACGACGACAGAUGCAACAUGAAAAAUAACUUCAUUUGCAAAUAUUCCCUCGAGAAGCCAACAAAUGCUCCAAUAGAGAAUCCUCAGAGAGAUGUUGCCACGGAGCCCUUGAGCCCAGUGCUGCCAGGAGAACCCCGGAGGAGAGGUGUUAAUGUGACAGCUGUGGGAGCCAGAGAACCUGUUCAGAGUCUUGCCUACAUCCUUAUUCCCAGCAUUCCUGUGCUGCUGCUCCUGGUGGUCGUUACAGGCAUCUCCUGUUUCUGGCUUUUUGUGAAGAGGAGGGAGGAGCAGAUGGACACGAGCCCCAAGGAGGAGGAUGCCUGGCUGUCCAACAGCCCCAGCCUGGACAUCUACAAAGUCAUCAACAAGCAGUCAGAGGCAGACCUGGCUGGCACCAGGCCUGGCACCAAGAAUUCCUCCUUCCGGGCCCGGGAGCACUGGGAGCUGGGCAGGGCCGGGCAGGAGGCAGCGCCCAGACCCCCCAGCAGUGGCUUUGGGCCCGAGAGUGGCUUUGUCACCAACGACAUCUACGAGCUCUGUGGGGAGCGUGUGGGCAGGAGCCAGGAGUCCACCUGGGUGGACAAUGAGAUUUAUGGAUAUUGAGCAAACGGACAGAAAAAAACCCCCCCUGGAACUCAGAUGACAAAGUGGGUGCUGAUACGAGUUUACCUGCCCUGUCUAUGCACUUGUUUUA